GAUCCUUAUCUGUCCGUUUCGCCGCAACACAAUACAGCCAUCUUUUGGAUGCCUCAGUGUGCGAAUCAGGUGCGAACAAAUGCGACGGUCCCCUUUCAAUUACGUCUGGCUCGUGAUCUAUUCUCCGAUAUGCUCAAAGCGUUCGGCGCGGAAUCCCUCGGUCUGGGUCGAAUCUCCACUCGCAAAUCCCGGAAAGAUCAAGUGGGUUGGCCGGAAGAUUCGGUCUAUGCGAAACAUCGUAUUCGUAUACAUUCCAUCCGGCUAUCAGCCGGUACCGCGGGUCAUCUCGGUGGUGGUCUAAUUGACNCACUCCGUGUCGGUGUUUCAUACGAUGAUUUACCCACGGAUCGGAGAAGUUUGAAAAAUUUACGAACUGAACUCCUGUUUCACGAGUACCGGUUUCUUGCUGCGAGCGCUUGGUUUCAACGCAACCAGAACCCAGAUGGAACGUGGGCCAUACCGGUUGCUCGAAAUUUUCGCGGCCGAAUUCCAAUCAAACCAGGUUGGCCUUCGGCUAUGGGACAGGGUCAGUUUUCCCCCUAUAGCAUGCCCCAUUAG